AUGGACGGCGAGAGCGAGGGCAUUUACACGCCAUUCGAAAUCGAAGAUUCUAUAGCGAAGAUGUCGACCGAAUACAUGUUUUCUUUGUGCUGGGGUCUAAAACCGCCGGAUGUCGGUCAAAACUGCCAUGCUCUCGACAGCUUUGAUCUGACACAAGGGUCUACCUGUAUCGUGCCCUUUCUGUAUAGCAUCUUGGGGAGUGGCCUGUUCGGACGGAUACCGUUUCCUAUGCCGUCAAAGAUACCCUUUUCUUCUUUUAUGGACGUUCCAUGGGUGUUCCGAGGUAAUGCCGAGGUGUUUGCAGAAUGUCAUGUUCAGAAGAUGACGGAACCCGAUUUCUUGACCGGAACCUGGAUGGGCUACUAUACAGAUCAACGACCGGUGAACCAUCGACACUUUGCCCUUGUCGGUCCUCCCAUGAACGACAUCAAUAUCGUUGCUGAACCCUCCAGUGCAUUGGACCAAAAGGGACACAUACACUGCUCAAGAAGCUCUGGGUUCGACUCGCAUGGCCCAUUUACUGUUUGCGGAGAUUUUCAUCCCGAUGGCCGGGUUGAGUUCGUGAAAUCAUACACUUUGCAUUCUUGGGAAUGGCAAUACAACGGCGUUGUCGUCCCUUUUGGAAUCGUGGGCCGUUGGUCUGACCUAGAGGGUAAUUUUGGUGGCCACUUCUGGAUCUGGAAGAAAGAUUGGUGCGACACGCAGACGCCGUGA